CUGCACGCGCUGGAUGCAUUGUCGCUCAUCAAUCAGGUAUAGACUGAGUUUUGUCGAUUUGACUUGAUAUCCUAGUAGCCUGUAGUCGUUUGGUUGUCCGUUCGGUUGUCUGGGUGGAGCUGUGAGGACGAGAAUCAGCCGUUCAGUAGUGUGGUUGACUUCAUGGCGUGAAUACUAUUCUGAACGUUGGGAUGAGAGAGUCUGAGAGCAUAGUGAAGCACCAGUUGAAGAAAGCCAGGGUCAAUACUCUACACAAGCUUGUCAGGCAGGCCAACAAGCUAGAGAAGAAGCGGGGGAAUGUUGAGCAGCUGAAGAAGAAGGACCGGAAGCUGCAACGGCUUCGGGAGCAGAUCCUUCAGGCUAAGGAUGUCAACCUCGAUGAACUGGCGAAAACAGCGGUAGCCAAUGGGCCGUUGGCGAAUCGAAUCGAAGAAAUAAAGACUGUCCUGUGCCUGCCCCUUGGCACCGAGCGGCUUCGUCGGGAGUUGCUGCUCUCUGCCGCUGUUCAGGAUGUGCUGGAGCGGCUGAAAAGGCGUGCAGAUGGUACGGACAAUCCUGCGGAGAAGGCAGAGCGGGGAAAGGCCGGGGCCAAGGACAAGAAAGAGAAGAAGCAGACGGCUAAGAAAAAGGACGACAGCAGCACGCAGCCAGAGAAAGAUUCCGAGCAAGCUGUGGAGCCGACCGGCACCGACUUGCCAAAAGAAUCCGACAGUGAUGAGCCGAAUGGUAACGACAAUGAUGAUGACGGCGAAUAUUCAUCCGAUGAUGGAGGCAUCGGCUUGGGAAAGGAGAUCGGAACGGAUGACGACUUCUCAAUGGGAGCAUCCUCGGACAGCGAUGGAGAUGAUGACAUUGAUUGUGCUGUUCCGUUCGGGUCAGGAUUUGCAUCAUUCGGUAGCGACCCGAGCACGGAUAAGAGUAAAGUGAACCGGCGAAAGUUGAAGAAGCUGCUGAGCAAGGAUGGCGAGAGUGCUGACAGCGCCAGCAAGGCAGCUCAGAAAAAGAAGAGAAAUCGGCUUGGCCAACGUGCUCGUCAAAAGAAAUGGGAAGAGCAAUUUGGCACGCAAGCGCGCCAUGUCGUUGAAAACCGCCCGGCCAACAAGCCGCGCGUCUUCAAGAAGAAGACCAAGGAGGGUGAUGGAACCAAUGCCGCCAGCUCAAAGGCGAAAGGAAGUGGUAGCCGCAGCAGGCCAGCUGGCGUAAAACGAAAAGCGGCACCAGUGGAGGACCUGUCAGAACUGCAUCCGUCAUGGGCAGCCAAGCGCAUGAACAAGGAGAAGAGCUCGGCGACAAUUCAAUCGUUCGAGGGCAAGCGCAUGACCUUCUCUGAUUCGGACUAGCUACCUGCUGGCCACGUGGGUGUGGGUGUGAUGUUCAUCUAGUUUUUCUACUAAAUUUUAUUCUCUUGUUCGGCAAGAAUAACGUUAGAUAUGGAACACGGAAAA